CCAUGGAAGAUUGGCAUGUCAAGUGCGACUGAGACCUUAUGCGGGCAAGCAUAUGGAGCUGGACACUACCACAUGAUGAGUGUUUACUUGCAGAGAUCAUGGAUCAUUGAUGGUGUAACUGCAACCAUCUUGCUUCCCCUCUUCAUUUUUACAACACCGAUAUUAAGACUAAUUGGGCAAGAGGAGAAUAUAGCAAUAGAAGCUGGAAAAAUCUCCAUUUGGUUAAUUCCCGUCCUCUACUCUUAUGUCUUUAGCUUGACCAUCCAAAUGUACUUGCAAGCACAACAAAAAAACAAGAUUGUCGGGUGGUUUUCUGCUUUCUCCUUUCUGGUUCAUGUGCUUUUGUCCUGGUUAUUUGUGAUCAAACUUGGUUUAGGGCUUGCUGGUGCCAUGGGUGCAUUCAGCAUAUCAUCUUGGUUGCUCGUUAUUGGAGAGUUUGUGUACAUCUUUGGAGGUUGGUGUCCUAAUACAUGGAAAGGCUUCUCUAAAGCUGCAUUUGCUGAUAUGUUACCUCUAGUAAAGCUUUCAAUAUCCUCCGGAGUCAUGAUUUGCUUAGAAUUAUGGUAUUCCUCUAUUCUUGUCUUGUUAGCUGGAUAUAUGAAGAACGCAACCAUUUCAAUAUCUGCUUUCUCCAUUUGCCUCAACAUCAAUGGAUGGGAAUUCAUGGUCUGCCUUGGGUUUUUAGGUUCUUCAUGUGUGCGCAUAUCAAAUGAAUUGGGAAUGGGCAAUGCCAAAGCUGCAAAAUUUUCUAUCAAGGUUGCCCUUGGUACUUCGAUAAUUAUCGGCAUUGUUUUCUGGGUUUUGUGCAUGGUCUUUAGUCGGGAAAUUUCAUACUUGUUUACGAGUAGUGAGGAAAUAGCAGAAUCUGUGUCCGGGCUUCAUGUUCUACUAGCAUUCUCAAUGCUGCUGAAUAGUAUUUAUCCAGUACUCUCAGGUGUAGCUGUAGGUGCUGGUGUGCAAAGUAUGGUUGCAUUUGUCAACUUGGGGAGCUAUUAUGUUAUUGGGUUGCCGAUAGGAAUUCUGCUUGGAUAUGUAGCGCAUCUUCAGGUCACGGGUUUGUGGAUUGGAUUGUUGAGUGGAGUAGGAGUCCAAACACUUCUGCUAUCCUACCUUACAUGGAGGAUUGAUUGGAAUGAACAGGUAAACAAGGCAUCAGAGCGUCUUGGUCGAUUUUUUAUUGAAACAACAGAGGGAUCUGAUGAAAGCUCCAAUCUUGCUUGAUAGUAAUGGACACUCCUUGUUGUUGCGUGUUCAAACCAGAUUUUUAGAUGUGGUUUUGCUUCCCUCCCUGUGAGGCUAACUCGUUGCAAACUGGUCAGUGCUCUCCGCUGGCUCAUCAUGCUGGCUUGGUUCACUCUCCUUUAGGCUUGCAAUCAUUUUGAUUUUUCUCUUUCUCCCUGUCUAUUUUAUCAAAGAACCACUCAUCCAAAAACUUAAAUUAUUGAGGUGAGACUUCAAGAUUUAUAAUAUACUUUAUCUAUCUCUUAUACUUGACUUUCA